UUUGCUAUCAUUCCGCGACCAGUGUGCGCGGGGCAUCUCCAGUCAUGUGACUAGUUUGUCAGGUGGGGGAGACGGAGAGGAGGCCGGAACGGAUCGGUGUGUACGGGACGGAUCGGUGUGUACGGGGCCGCCGAUAUGGCUGACGACAACGCCAGCAGCUGCCUGGAGCCGUUCUCUAUGGGCAUAGACCUCCCCAACAGAGUUCUCCAGUUUGUAGAAGAGCGCCUCCAGACCACCAUGCUCACUGGGAUCUUGAUCGGAGCUGCGGUCGCUCUUUCCCUUAUUGGGAUUGUUAUAUUUAUUGUCUACAAGAAAUACCGACAGUCUAAACAGCAGCAGCCCGAGGUACCACGAUAUCGAUUCCGCAAAAGGGACAAAGUUAUGUUUUACGGGCGAAAGAUCAUGCGUAAGGUCACCACUCUUCCAAACACCCUGGUGGGGGGCAACACUGUUUCAAGACCCCGGGCGAGGAAAAAAGUGAGGGUCCUGACGCUGGCUAAAAGAAUACUUCGUUUUAAGAAGGAAUAUCCCACUUUACAGAAGAAGGAACCUCCUCCUUCCCUAUUGGAAGCCGAUCUUACAGAGUUUGAUGUUAAAAAUUCCCACUUGCCAUCAGAGGUUCUGUACAUGCUGAAGAAUGUGCGGGUCCUGGGUCAUUUUGAGAAACCUUUGUUCCUUGAACUCUGUAAGCACAUGGUGUUUGUACAGCUACAUGAAGGGGAAUACAUUUUCCGCCCGGGACAGUUGGAUACUAGUAUUUAUGUGGUCCAGGACGGGAUGCUGGAAGUCUGCAUUCAGGAAACAGAUGGGAAUGAGAUGGUGGUGAAAGAAGUUUUGGCUGGAGACAGCGUGCACAGUCUGCUCAGUAUCCUGGAUGUCAUUACAGGGCAUCCAGCUCCUUACAAGACCGUCUCAGCCAGAGCUGCCACCGCAUCCACCAUCCUGCGUCUUCCUGCAAACGCCUUCCAAGAUGUCUUUGCCAAAUACCCAGAGACGCUUGUCAGAGUGGUACAGAUCAUCAUGGUCCGGCUACAAAGAGUGACUUUUCUUGCUCUCCAUAAUUACCUUGGUCUGACUACAGAGCUCUUCAACUCGGAGAGCCAGGCGAUCCCUUUAUUGUCAGUAGCCAGCCUGACCUCAGGCACUGGAAGCAGUAAGGGUGUCAGAAGACAGAUGUCCAAUGUGUCUGCUGAAGAAGACCUUUCAGAUCGAACUGAGAAACCUGUUGAGGUUCAGCCAGAUCAGGAUCAAGGGCUCCUAGACCCCAGCAAAUUUAACGGCACUGAUGGUUCCAGCACCGGGCAUCGCAGAAGUCGCUCUUCUUCCAGCCUUGUUGAAAUCCCAGGAAGCCCAAUUGCCGCUAAAUCAGACAUGGACAUGGCGUAUGAGCGGGCCCGGGUGAGCCGGACUCCGGAUGACUUCCCUCCAAGCCCAGUCAUGAACAAGUCUAUUCAGAAGAAAACGGUGACCGUUACAGAGACCCCCUCAGCAGUCUAUCAUUACACGGUGGAAGAUUUGUUGAUCCCGGAGUUCAGUGUGAACAGACACCUGAAUGCUAUGUUCGAGGCUGCUAAAAAAGAUCUGUCUUCUCUUAUAAAACUUCAGGACCCAUUACUGCUGAAUGGCCGAGUGACCCUUCACCAAGUCAAGGGGGGCACAGUCCUAUCCAGGCAAGGAGACCAGGAUGUCAAUAUCCGCUUUGUCAUCUCUGGCCUCCUCCAUGUUUACCAGAGGAAGAUUGACCGUGAGGAAGAGACCUGCCUGUUCAUCACCCACCCGGGGGAGCUGGUCGGCCAACUGGCUGUCCUGACGGGAGAACCUCUGAUCUUCACCAUUAAAGCCAACCGGGACUGCACCUUCCUGUCUAUAUCCAAGUGCCAUUUCUACGAGAUAAUGCGGGAGCAGCCCAGCGUUGUUUUGGGGGUCGCUCACACAGUUGUAAAAAGAAUGUCGCCUUUCGUGAGACAGAUAGAUUUCGCUUUGGACUGGAUGGAGGUGGAGGCUGGACGUGCCGUCUACAGACAAGGCGAUAAAUCUGACUGCACCUACAUCGUUCUAAAUGGACGUCUCCGCUCCGUUAUUAGGAAGGAUGACGGAAAGAAGCAGCUGGCAGGGGAAUAUGGUCGAGGAGACUUGAUCGGAGUGGUGGAAGCCUUAACGCACCAGCCCAGAGCCACCACCGUCCACGCUGUACGAGACUCCGAACUUGCCAAACUACCUGAGGGGGCACUGACAUCCAUUAAACGCAAGUAUCCGCAGGUGGUGACCCGACUUAUCCAUCUACUGGGAGAGAAGAUCCUUGGCAGCUUGCAGCAAGUCAGCGGGCCGCUUACAGGUGCCGGUCUUGGCCUUCACACCACCGGCAGCAAAUGGGAUUCUGGGAAUCCGUCCAGUAACCUCUCCACAGUUGCCAUACUGCCAGUAUCGGAGGACGUUCCGCUUACAGCCUUCACCCUUGAACUGAAGCAUGCGCUCAGCGCUGUAGGCCCCACUUUGCUGCUCACCAGUGACAAUAUCAAGCAACGUCUGGGAUCGGCCGCUCUCGACAGUGUCCAUGAGUACAGACUUUCCAGCUGGUUGGGUCAACAAGAAGACAUCCACCGGAUUGUCCUGUAUCAGUCCGACUAUUACCUCACGCCCUGGACCCAGCGCUGCAUCCGACAGGCUGACUGCAUCCUUAUCGUUGGGCUGGGAGAUCAGGAGCCCACUGUUGGGGAGCUUGAGAAGAUGUUGGAGAACACAGCGGUGCGGGCCCAGAAGCAGCUGAUUCUGCUCCAUAAAGAGGACGGGCCCCCACCUUUCCGCACUGUGGAAUGGCUGAACAUGAGAAGCUGGUGCUCCGGUCAUCUUCACCUUCGUUGUCCUCACAGAGUUUUCUCUAAGAGGAGUCUGCCCAAAUUGAUUGAGAUGUUCGAGCGGGUGUCUCAGAAGCCGCCAGACCGUCACUGUGAUUUCUCCCGCCUGGCCCGUGUCCUAACAGGGAACACCAUUGCUCUAGUACUAGGAGGAGGAGGUGCGAGGGGCUGCUCACAAGUGGGAAUCAUCAAAGCGCUGAUCGAGGCGGGGAUCCCCAUCGAUUUGAUUGGAGGGACGUCCAUCGGGUCCUUUAUGGGAGCGCUGUAUGCAGAGGAGCGCAGCUUCAACCGCGUGAAGAUCAGAGCCCGAGAGUGGUCCAUGGACAUGACGUCUGUCUUCAAGAAGGUCCUGGACCUGACCUACCCCAUCACCUCCAUGUUCUCCGGCGCGGCCUUCAAUAACAGCAUCAGCAGCAUCUUCAAGGACAAGCAGAUAGAGGAUCUCUGGAUUCCAUAUUUCAACAUCACCACGGACAUCACUGCCUCCGCCAUGAGGGUGCACACAGAUGGCUGCCUGUGGCGAUAUGUCCGUGCCAGCAUGUCCCUCUCAGGGUAUAUGCCCCCUCUCUGUGACCCCAAGGAUGGACAUUUGUUAAUGGACGGAGGCUACAUCAACAAUCUCCCAGCCGAUGUUGCACGCUCUUUGGGUGCUAAAGUGGUCCUAGCCAUUGAUGUGGGCAGCAGGGACGAGACCGAUCUAACGAAUUAUGGAGAUUCCUUGUCUGGCUGGUGGCUGCUGUGGAAGAGGUGGAAUCCACUUGCUGAAAGAGUGAAGGUGCUAAACAUGGCAGAGAUCCAGACACGCCUGGCCUACGUGUGUUGUGUGCGGCAGCUGGAGAUGGUGAUGAAUAAUGAGUAUUGCGAGUACAUCCGACCUCCAAUCGACCGAUACGGGACACUGGAAUUUGGGAAGUUUGAUGAGAUCUGUGAUGUUGGAUACCAGCAUGGAAAUACCGUAUUUAACGUGUGGGCCCGCAGCGGUGUCAUCGAGAAGAUGUUGAAAGAUCGGCAAGACACCUGUAAAUCCAAAACCUCAGAUCUGAACACUUGCCCGAACGCCUCCUUCACAGAUCUGGCAGAAAUAGUGUCCAGGAUUGAACCUGUCAAGACAGCUGUCGUGGAUGAUGAAUCCGAUUAUCAGACGGAGUAUGAAGAGGAAGAUCUUCCAGACUACAAGAAAGAAGAUUAUCUCGAUUUCCUCAGCUCCCAAAAUGACGAGGAGGUUUCUGAUAGUGAUGAUGAAGCGGACAUGGAGGUACGACAGCGCUCUGUCAGACGGCAUCCGGGAGGCAAGACUGCAGAGGACAGCUGAAUGGUUAAUAGUUGGAGCCGUGAUCCCUCAGGGGAGGGGUUCCUUUACUUUCUACGGUUCUAGUUAUUCCUAUGGGCCUUGUACUCCUCCCUGACGGAGCCAAUAACAAAUGCAAUACAAUUAAUAGAAAGUGUGAUGUCACAUGAUCUCCUCGCCUGCUAGAGGGAAAAUGUUCAAGCCUUAAGGAGUCCAUACAUCUCAGCACCUUAGCUAUCGAGUGACGAUACAAGGAAGGAGCAGUCUCCGUGUACAAUAGAUCUGGGAUUACACUGGUUCAUUAUUGAAAAACCCUGAAUAAGGGCAUUCAUUUAGAGGCAUCCGAAACCUGGCGAGCAGAUAUGCCAGUCUAGGGGGUUUGUGUUGUCUCUGUGCCAAGGGCGGCCCCGGGACAGGUUAAUAGGGUCGUCCUGGAUCCAGCACUCUCGUAUCUAUCACUAAAUAAUCCAAAAAUUCUCCUACGCCAAAAGGGACUGAAUAAGGUAGGCAGAUUACUAUAGUGUCUCUUCUUUUUUUGUGGAGGGAGGGGGAUUAAAUAUAUGCAAAUUGUGCUGAGCUGAAGUAGUUUUGUUAUUUAUCUAUAGCCCUCCUGUAUCUAAGUGCCUAGAUUACCAGCUCCAGGGGGUGGGAUUUUUUUAUAGGUCGGUUGAAUGAAUAUAUAACGGAGGCUAGAAGAUGUUUUAGGGCAGUGUUAACCAACCAGUGAGCCUCCAGCUGUUGCAAAAC